AUGUCUCACAAAAUUUAUGUCACUCGACGUGAAGCAUUUUCAGCUGCCCAUCGACUCCAUUCAUCUCAAUUAUCAGAAGAAGAAAAUCGUCAAAUUUUCGGUUGCUAUGAAUGUUUAGAAAAAUUUGAUAAAGAUGCCGAUUUACUUAAUACAAAAUUAAAAGAUCAAAUCUUUUUAUCAGCUGAUACUAUGUUAAAUUUACGUUGUAAAUAUGCAUAUAAUAUGUUUGAUAAAAUCACACCAAUUAUGGAUAAACAAGCAACUGAUGUACAAGUAGAAAAUGAAAAAUUCUUUGAUGAUUAUCGUUAUUACGAUGAAUUAAUUAAUCUUCGACAAAAAUGGACAUUUCUUCAAGCUGCAUUAACAACGGUUUAUUUUCCAGCUAAAAAAGAUAUUUCAUUAGAUAAAAUUCUUACUUUUCUUGAAUAUCGUCAUGAUCGAGUAUUAGAAAAUUAUCGAGAUUUUUUAUCGACAAGUGAAGAAUCAAAAGAAUUAUCAUUAAAACCAGCUGAAGAUUUAUUACAUGAAUUAAGUUUUCUUUCGAAAAAGAAAUUAAGUGCAGAAUGCGAUAAUUUUUCUUAUAUCAAUGGAUCUCUUGUUGAAAUUCAUAUUGAUGAACAUGAUAAUCAUCAUGAUGAAUUUUUGAUUAAACCCGAAAUUAAACAAGAAAAUGAAAUAACACCGAAAACAGAUAGUGGUCAUUGUGGUGAUGAUGAUACAAGUUCAAAUUCAAGUAAUAGUUGGCAAAUUGAAGAUGUUAAUGAUGAUGAUUAUGAUACACGAUUUAUGAAACUUAGUCAAUCAAUGAAAAUACUUGAAAAACAAUUUGAAAAUGAUUUUCGACCAUUUGUAAGCAAUGAAAAAUUAAAUUAA